AUGGCGACGCUGAAGGCUGCCGGGUUCCCAGAAGACCUUGACUGGUUCGAUCCUGCAGUGCUAAGGGCGUACGAGGAGAUGGGAGGCAAGGGAACAACCGCACAGGUGCAUCCGUACCUUUUUACGACUUCAAUGGCACAGCUGGCGGAAGAGAAGGGCGCAAAAGUUGUCCUGGGAACGGUUACUGAUAUUGACUACUCAGAAGGCCCCGUUAAGUCUUUAAAAUACCAAAGAAAGGCCACUGGUGGUACAGAGACUAUCACUGCUACAGACGUUAUCAUUUCAGCGGGCCCCUGGACAUCAAGGAUAUUCCCGCCAGCCCCAAUCGAAGCCCUUCGAGCACAUAGUGUUGUCCUACGUCCAACACGCCCUAUCUCAGCAUACACUCUAUUUACCGAGAUCACUCUUCCAGCGGGACAGUCAAAGUCAGGCAGACUCUCUGCAACCAGCCCUGAAAUCUACGCUCGGCCAGACAACACCGUAUAUGCCUGUGGAGAAGGAGAUACUUUGGUACCUUUACCGUCAUCUACAGCUGAUGUCGAGGUUGAUAAGUCCAGAUGCGAGGACAUCAUCAACGCAAUUGGAAGCGUGUCUGACCAGUUACGGGAUGGAGAGGUGCUGGUCCGGCAGGCCUGCUAUCUUCCUAACGUAGCUGGCACCGGUGAUCGAGGAAGCCCCCUUAUCGGCAAGACUAGGACGGAAGGCUUGUAUCUAGCAACCGGCCAUACCUGCUGGGGCAUCCAGAACGCACCGGCAACAGGUAAACUUAUGAGCGAGUUUGUUUUCGACGGCGAUGCUAAGAGUUUGAAUAUUUCUUCUCUGGAUCCUCGCAAGGUGAUAUAG